AUGGAUCCCUUGAGUGUCACUGCCAGUCUCAUCGCGGUGAUUCAAAUAACAACCGUGGUCUGUGGUCAUUGUAUGCAAUAUGUGAGGUCAGCGAAAAACUCGAAAACGCUUAUCCUUGGCCUUGUUCAACGGCUAGGUGGCUUGCAGAUUGUUCUUGCAACCUUGGAGGAGCUCACAAAGCGCGAUUCUACCGAAGCUAGCGACAAUAAUGUGGACUCAAUCGGUAAAGAGUGCUUUUUACCAACGCUACACAGAAUACGUGAUAUGGAGGAUUUAUUUAAAGAAUGUCUUCAAAAAUUAGAGCAGUUGGAGACAGAUAUCUCACCUCCGAAGCAUCAAAAUCUGUCUAAAAGGGAAGCGUUACUGAAAGCUCUGCACUGGCCUAUCAAAGAAGCUUAUAUGAAGAAAAUUAUGGAGGAUAUAACUGAGUAUAUCUCUUUGUUUAGUUUUGCCUUGACCUUGGACGAGACGAACAAUGUUUUAGAUAUUCGCCAAAAGACUACCGAGACUAAUACUCUUGUGAGAAGUCUGCAUGAGCAGAAACGGGAAGAAAUAAAAAAUCGGCGUGGAGAUGAAAUUGCACGAUGGCUAUCAGCACCCGAUUCCUCUGUUGAUUAUAUGCAUGCAUUGCGAACGAAGGCCCAAAAUACCGGUAAUUGGCUUAUUCAAGAGCAACGAUACAAGGAAUGGAAGCUGCAUCCAAACACCUUUUGGCUGAAUGGAACCCCUGGAAGUGGGAAGACGGUAUUAUCGUCAACAGUGUUGGAAGACCUACUGGGACACAGAGCCACAAACAUGAACAUUGCUGUAAUAUACUUUUAUUUCAAGGCAGAUGAUGCUACAAAGAGAACACCAGAGGGGAUGUUGCGAUCUUUGUUGAAGCAAAUAUUUGACUGUGGGGGUAAAAACUCUGAAGUUAUGAUAGAGCUGUUCGGAGAUGGCAACAAACAACGGUCAACGAGUCAACUCUUAUCUGCUUUUAUGAAUAUGACUUCUGAAUUUUGCAAUGUUUAUGUCGUUCUGGAUGCACUAGACGAGUGCCAGGAUCUGAGUGACCUGUUCGACAUGAUUGAGGAAAUUAACAAGGAAGCUGACGAAAAUCUCCAUAUUUUCUUUACAAGUCGUGACACCAAAUAUAUCAAGGAGUGUAUUGAGAACAUGGGGAAAAUUGUUACGUCAAUAAAGUUAACAACCUCGGUCGUCAAACAGGACAUUCGCAACUAUAUCCGAGAUCGCCUACGCACCGACAGAGAUUUUAAACGGUGGCGUGGCCAAUCCGAGGUUCAGAAACUUAUUGAAGACUCCUUAAUCGAGAAGUCCGAUGGCAUGUUUCUAUGGGUGGUGUGCCAGCUAAAAGAAUUACGACGCUGCCGGGGGCCUCCCGAUCUACGACGGAAACUUGCAACCAUGCCUAAAGACCUCAAUGAAACAUAUGCUCAAAUGCUCAGUCAUAUAUCAGACGAUGACUAUGUCGUAGCCAUGAGAAUGCUAUAUUGGCUGCUAUUCAGCACCCGUCCUUUGCACAUUGAAGAGCUAGCUGAAUUGGUCGCCAUGGAUUUUAAUAUUGAACCUUUCGACAAAAUCGAGCAUAUCUGGGACCCUAAUGAGGUCCUUGAUAUUUGUCCAGGACUUAUGACAACGAUCGAGGAGCGUAGUCCCGGCACCGAGGAAGAGCCCAGGAUAGUUGUAAGACUUGCACAUAUAUCUAUUCAGGAAUACCUCCUAUCGAAUGAUAUUCUGAAUGGUCAAGUCGUUCGCUUCCAUAUUGAAAAGUCCGCUGCGCAUGCUUCGAUUACAGAAUGCUGCCUUAUGUAUAUGCGUUUAAUCAGAGGAAACUUUCGUGACGUUGUGGAUAGUCUCCCAUUAGCAGUUUAUGCUGCGGACAAUUGGCUUUACCAUUACGAACAGGUGCCUGUAUCAGCCACCAAAAUCCACCAUCUAACCUUGAAAUUUCUUCUCAAUAUGGAAGAUGUUUAUCUUCGCUGGAUUCGAUACUUCUUAACUGUCGUCGCAACACCAAAAGCAAGCCCUGAAUUAUACGAUCUUCUCACUCAGUCUCCACUAUAUGUGGCCAGCUCUUUCGGGCUGUUGUCAGUGUUGAAACUGAUGCUUGACAGUAAAGAGAUCGAUUGGAAGCGGGGACCUAUGCUUCAAAAUGCACUGCGUGCUGCUUAUAUGAUAGGCCUGCGACCCAAGGACAAAGUGUCAGCUGAUAUUGUCGAAUUGUUGGUAAAAUACGGUGCUGAUUUUAGAGGCGAUGUAAGAUUCCCCACAAAUCUGCAUGCGGGAGGCUAUUUCGGCCUUGAAGAACUUGUUAAAAAGGACCUGGACAGUGGAAUAGAUGUGAAUAUACAAGGUGGAGCUUUUGGGACUGCAUUGCAGGCGGCGGCUGUUGGGAGAGGUCUGCUCAAUUUUUUCACCACUCUGCCAAUGGGUGGAGGGUAUAGAAAAUUUGACGGAAUUAGUUUGAAUGCUAUACAAGUCUUGCUGGAGCGAGGUGCAGAUCCGAACAUCUCUGGGGAUCAGGAAGGGUCCGCGUUAUUUACAUCAUGUUUAAAUGGAGACUUACCGUGUGCAAAACUACUUCUCGACUAUGGCGCGGAUACCAACUAUAAACCAAGCAAGACUAAGUUCUACAAAAGCUGUCUCUCAGCAGCAUCGAGGAAUGGAGGCGUCCCAAUGGUACAGUUGCUCUUUGAACACGGAGCUGAUAUGAAUUGUACAGGAGCACUGGGAGCAGCAGCCGGCGUUGGAGAUGGCAAUCUCAUACGCUUCCUCCUCCAGAAAGGAGCUGAUCCACGCCUCGCAGAUCGUUAUGGGGAUAGGACUCCCUUACAACAAGCCUGCGCCAGUAGAUGUCCCGACGGUGUUGAAGCCCUUUUGCAAUACGGAGCAGAUCCCAACGAAGGUGGAGGCAGACUCGAAUCUCCAUUUCAGGAAGCAUGCGUGGCCGGUGGCCCUGUUGACACACUCAGACUGCUCAUCGACAAGGGCGUUGAUUUGAAUAAGGUUGAAGGCCCCUUUGGUACCUGCUUGCACACCGCGGCAUUUUGCCGUCAUACUGAAAUAUUUGAGUACCUACUUCAGCGAGGGGCCAAUGUCCAUAUUAAAGGGAAAAUGUUUCCUACUGUUUUGCGACAUGCUUUCCAAAAUCCACAACCUCAAAUUUUCACUCACCUUCUCAAACUGGGCGAUGAUAUGGAUACCCCAGCUGGGCGGUAUGGAGAGACAUUGCAGCAAACACUAGCUGCAGCUCCGGCUGAUAAGUCAGAAUUGCGCUUUGACAGAGCGAGAAACCCGCAGGAAUUUACCAGAAUUAUCAGGAAAGGCGAUUCAUGGCAGGAUUUUGAUCAGAUUGUGAUUGAGGAAUGCCUUAAACAGGAAGGAGUUGCUAUCUCUGAUUUGUACUGUAUUUUGCCCGAUUGA